AGGGAGUGGAGGAGGGAAACAAGAGUGAUGGUAUAGCUAAGAAUGCGAAGAGAAGAUGGCGGUGGGAGAAACAUGAGAGUAGGCGCUCGGAGGCGGACUUGGAGUCAGCUGAGCAACGUAAACAUCAGCAUGUCUGUUUGGUGCUACAGCAGGUAGCAGAAGGAUGGGGAAGCCACGCGUGGUUCUCGUGACGGGCGGGGCUGGCUUCGUGGGCUCCCAUACCAUCCUGGAGCUGCAGAAGGUGGGCCACACGGUCGUCGUGGUUGACAACUGCGUGAAUGCCACCGCUGGGGAGACGCAGGCGGCGCUGCCCUUGGCCCUCCAGCGCGUCGAGAAAAUAACGGACAAGAAGGUGCAUUUCUACAUGUUGUCUCUGCUCGACCGCUGCGCCCUCAUCAAGGUGUUUCGGAAGCACAAAGUCGACGUCGUGAUUCACUUUGCGGCCCUAAAAGCUGUCGGAGAGUCGGUCGAGAAGCCUUUGGCCUACUAUGCAAACAAUGUCACGGGGACGAUCAACCUGCUCGAAGUGAUGAGCGAGGUGGGCGUGAAGCGGCUGGUGUACUCGUCGUCUGCCACAGUGUACGGCGUGCCCCAGUACCUGCCCACGGACGAGGAGCACCCGACGGGCGUGGGCGUCACCAACCCCUACGGACAGACCAAAUACGUGUGCGAACAGAUCAUGAAAGACCUGGCCGUGGCGGACAAAGAUUGGAAGGUAAUCUUAUUAAGGUAUUUCAAUCCAGUUGGUGCCCACGAGACCGGCAUGAUCGGUGAAGACCCCAACGGCAUUCCCAAUAACCUGGUGCCUUACAUCGCCCAGGUGGCGGUGGGAAAGAGGGAAUGCGUCAGUGUGUUUGGCGGCGACUACAACACUCCGGAUGGCACUGGUGUUCGGGACUACAUCCACGUGGUCGACUUGGCACUGGGACAUGAGGCGGCACUUGGAAAAAUCUUCGAGGAGAGUUUCAGAGGAGCAAAGGCCUACAAUUUGGGGACAGGAAAGGGCGUGUCCGUUCUCGAGAUGAUUAAGGCGUUUGGCAAAGCGUGUGGCAAGGAGAUCCCGUACAAGGUGGUGGGUCGUCGCGAGGGUGAUGUGCCGACCAUGGUGGCCUCCUGCGCCCUCGCCGAGAAGGAACUGGGCUGGAAGGCCACGAGGAACCUGGACGAAAUGUGCGAGGAUACGUGGCGGUGGCAGAGUCAAAAUCCAGACGGUUACGUUUAACAGAUGAUUCCUAACUCUAUGUUGCAGCCUUUGUUGCCUGUGUUUGGUGGACCAUUGCGUUGGAAAUAUAAAGUUUAUUGUUUA